GCCUGAUGGGCCGGCACCGAUUUGAGCUCACUUAGCUCUGAUUCGGACGGCCCUCCCAGUAUCCAUGAACACUCUCCUACCUCCUCAAUAACUGCAAUCUCAAGGCACUGGAAUGGACGAUGUGUUUGGACCUACUUACUGACCGGGCACGUCAAUCGUCUUUAUGGAUUCGUAAGAAGAAUCUGGACCCGAAGGUCAGGACUGCAUGACUGAGAAUUGGGGUGGCUGUAUAAAUGUCAAGUCACCUUAGUACCGCCAUUGCCAUGAUGACGAGUUCUGGUCCAUGAGAUUCUUCGUGAUCUUCGCAGACCGGCAGAUCAACGUGAAGAUGAUAAUUGAAAUCGUGAGAAACAAUAACAAACGCACUUGCACAUUGUGGCCAGUUGUGGCAGUGUUCAUCAACUCCGUUCCUGAACUCCCUCACUUGUUUCAGUCGCGCUCCCGUGUUCACGAUUCAGUACAAGCCAUGAAUGAGACUAGUGUCAAUUCAGUUAUUUCCACCCCUCCCGUUGAUUUUACUCAACUAGAUCAGCUUUGCAUGACCCGUGAUCCGCAUAUCAUGUGUCGCGUCCAACACGCAGUUCAAAUCGCGAUGGAGCAGCGCAAACUCCAAAUUGCUGAAAUCGCGGAACGUUGGAACGCUCUCGUCCCUGUCCAUCGCCUACCUAUGGAGUUAUUGGAAAGGAUCUUCCUGCUCGUGAGGGAUGAAUGGUUCCUGGCAUCUUUGGACGUCACUUCUCCGGAUCGCAAAUCACGAUUACCGCCUUAUGCUUGGAUCAAGUUUUCCCAUGUUUGCCGGCAUUGGAGACGAGUCUCUUUGCAAUACACGCCGUUGUGGAAUUGGAUCGCAUUCCUUGAGUCACAUACACCUCUGGCUGCAAUCCAGGAAAUGGUACUCCGCUCCGGUCAAGUACCAUUACUUGUUGGAGGCAUCGUUGAUACCUGGGACACUGUCGACUUUACUCUGAAGUACUUGCGGGGCGCGACCGAUCGCAUAUGCUCCCUACACGUUGAUGCAGCAUCCCAUUGCGUUGCACAGUUGGACAAUCAGAUGAAGUCGUUGGUCGAAGAGUUCCCUGAAAUUUGGUCCUCCUUGCGAUCGUUGACAUUGGUUGAACGUAGGACUCAAUUCCAGAACAGGCUUUCUACCUUCCAUUAUUUCCCUGACCAUUUGGAACGACUCAGUUUGGAUACCAUAUUCCUUGACGUCAAGGAUCUCGCUCCUCUCCGCAUGACAUUACGACACCUGUCCCUUUACAAUGUCUCCGUUUGGCCCUCGUUAUCUUCCUUCUUGGAUGUACUCACGAAAACGCCACUGUUAGAGACACUUCUCGUUGAAUUGAAAGCCCCACUGGACCUUGCUAAUACCACAAAUGAAGUACAUGACGUCGUCCCAUUACAUCACCUCCAAUUGCUGGACAUACGCGGACUCUCCUUCUGUACAGCAUAUGUGCUGGAACACAUCCAAUACCCUCCUACGGCUACCUUGCGGCUUGACACAGACUUUUAUUACCCUGGACGACAGCACACUUGCGAAUCUGAUUUGAAAGGCAUUCUGCGUCGCGUUCCUAUGUCUUCUUCGUUCACUAACGACGACGUUCAACCGGUACCCGCUGGGAGCAUCCGGAUUGAUGCAAAGGAUGUAUCUUCUUUCGUGCGUGGGAUGCUGCGUACCCGACUAGUGCUUUGAUGAAUCUUACCCCCAAAUUUGAGUUCAAGUCCAAUGGGCCUCCAGUCGCUAGAAUCGUCCUUAAACUCAUCAAGAACCUUCAUUUUCGGCAGCUGCGAUCGCUUCGGUUGGACGGCUUUGCUAUACUUCCUGAUCGCAUACAUUUACGAGAUUCUGAAUGCACGAUGUGGGAUUUGCAAUGCCAAGCGUUGAAAGAAAGCGGAUCCCUCACUGGGUUGACCUCUUUGCACCUUUCUCGCACUUCUAUCAAGAUGGCGACGGAACUCAUUGAUCAAGCUCCUCAAUUGCAGACACUCUUCUUAGAGAACAUCUCAUUUCUCCCUACAGAUCUAUCGCGGAUAUCGACGCCCAGUUCCUCAAAUACCGAACACACCGAGUUGUUCAUUUGGGUAUUGGGUAAUAGGAAACGAGCAGGUACCCCCAUUCACCUGCUUACGAUCAAAUCGCCGCAAGAACUGCAUGCUGACGAGGUCGCGGAGAUGCAUUCGGUGGUUAAGGAACUCGAUUGUGACCUGCCAGCAUGAACGUUACGUAGACAACCGUGGAUCUUGCAGAAUUUCCUUUCUAAUUUGUGGUAUAUUUGAUUAUCUUUUGAGUGUGUCACUGUGAACUUUUAUAUCUCGUACUCUUCACAACUUUGAUUUGCAACUCACGUACCUAGACAUACCGAUUAUGCUACUUACCAAUAAUAUUUUUUUCUGUGAC